AACCAUCUGACAGCUGUGGCGUGUUGUGUUGUGUGGCAGUGGCCAACAGUGUAAGCAAAAAAACAACAGAACUACUCGAUCGAGAUCGCAACAGGCGCGGGCGAGAGAACGACUGUACGAAGUGGAGCUGUUGUUUAAUAGUUAAACCGUGAUUUUUGCUUGAACCACCAAGGGACCCACUUGCACACUUGCUUCCAGCAUCACACAGCCAAAACGGCCAAAGGAUGUCGAGCAGCGCCGACGAGCAACAGUUCUGGGGAAAUCCGGGCAGCCAGCCGCAGGACAUGUACGACGGCUUCAGCGACAAAGCGCAGGUGCUCGACUUUCAAACGUUCAACCCAAACGACACCGUGUACUGGAACGAUCCGUCCCAGCCGGUGGACGGUGCGUACAGCAAUCAACCGGCCUCGUCGGACGGCAUGUCCCGCUCGGACCCGUACGGUAUGAUGCAGCAGCAGCCCCACUACGGCCAGAACCCGGCCAUCUUCACACCGGCGUACGGGGACGAUGGCGUCGGGGUCGGCGGACCGGCCGGCCCGGGGAUGGGCCUCGAGGCGACCGAGUUCGACGAGCCGCCGCUGCUGGACGAGCUGGAAAUCUAUCCGCGGCGCAUCAUGGAGAAGGCGCUCGCGGUGCUGAACCCGUUCCAGGGCGCCGGCCUGCUCGUGGACAGCCCGGAGUACCUGUUCAAGGAGACGGACCUGGCCGGACCGAUCGCGUUCUGUCUGACGCUGGCCGCGUGCCUCUCGAUCUCGAACAGCAAAGCACAGUUCGGCUACAUCUACGGGCUGUCCACCAUCUCCGUGCUCGCGAUGUACUGUCUCAUCUGGCUGAUGUGCCACGCGGUCGAAUCGCACGUGACCGUGUCCGGGGUGGCGAGCGUGCUCGGCUACAGCAUGCUGCCGGUGGUGUUUCUCGCUAUAAUCGGGAUGUUUACGUCGCUGAACAACUUCUACGGCAUGCUGCUGGCCGGAUUGUCCAUCCUGCUAGCGACGCUCUACUCGAGUCGAAUGUUCUGCCUGAUGACGGGCGAUCCGCACCAGCGGUACCUGCUAGCAUACCCGGCCAUGCUGCUGUUCACGAUCUUUUCGAUGUUAGUUUUAUUUUAAACCCAAAUCGUUACGAUCCCCCCGUUAAAGCUCGUGCCCAUCUAGAUUUUGAUAAAUUAAUUUCUACGUAAGUACACACACACACACACACACACACACCGGCAUUACAUACCAAAACAGAGCCAGCAUUUUUGUUGUGAACUAUCCCCAAUGAAAUCCCCUCCUCCUCGUUUCUUUUAGUUAUCAAUAAAGAAUACUAAUAAUAAUCGCUACAAGUGAA